UCCAUAUAUAUGUGCAUAGUUAGGUUAGAGGGUGAAAAUCAUAUAUGCUUUCUAUGUCUAUAUAUGUUCAUAGUUAGGUUAUAGCGUGAAAAUAAAAGAAACAAAUAAGAGACCUGAGAUUUCUAGGGUUGGGUUUCAAUGAUGAACAAAAGGAGAAGUUCUGGUGGAGGACAAAGUUCUUUAGGUUACUUGUUUGGUUCUGAUGACUUAUUAGGGCAACAACAAAAGGAUCAAUCUAAAGUUCCAGUAUCUCCGGUUUGUAUGCCGCCUUACGGCACCGAUAAGGAGGAGAAGUUGCCAGAAAAACUACCAACUCCUCACAAGAAAGAUGACACCGGCUCUUCUAGUAAUUACAUAUAUCAUGGGGAUGGUGAUAAGUCCUCAGGUUUUCUAGUGACUGACCGGCCGUCAACUAGGGUUAAAUCGGUUCCGGGUGGAGAUUCAUCUCUUGGCUACUUGUUUGGAGAUAAGUGAUGAUUUAUAUAAGCUCAAACUUAGAUGUAUUAUUAUGUUUUACUGCUUAAGCUUAUAGAAGUGACCGAAUAUGUUUAAUUAGGGUUUUCAAUUAAGAGUGUACUGCUUUGUGUUUGCUUUUUAAAGCUGGAGUGUGCCAUAAUCAUGUACGUACAUGACUAAUAAUUUGUAACGAAUGUGUGUAUUAUUGUCAUAAUAUUUACUUGUUGAAGAAAA